UGAAACACAUAGAGCCAAUCGAAAUACUCAAUUACUAAGUUGCCUAAUUGCUCCUCCUACAAUACUCAGUCCUGCCUUGAGCGGGUGAAUCGACACUGUAAAUCGUGUAAAUUUGUAAAAGUUAUAGAAAAUAUUUAAUUUCUUAAGAGAUAAAGUGUAUGUUAUUCAGUCAAUGCUCGAUUAUUAAAAAUUAAUCCAUUCUAAAAUAAUAUUUUCCACAAUAUCCGAAAUCGGAAAUAAUAAGUUAACCCUAAGAUUAGGCUUAGGUGAUGUGUAUUGAAAUUAUAAUUUUAAACUGUUUUAGAAUCUUAUGAAGAAUGCCAUUACUUGGGAAACAUUUGUUUGUCAGGAAAGAUCCGCCAAAUGAUCUCGAUCCUAACGAAGAAUUGUUCUAUUGCAAAUUGACACACGAAGUAUUCAGGAGUUAUGAGGAAUUUUUUGAACGUGUGAUUUUAUGCAAUAGUCUUGUGUGGACUUGUUCAUUAACUGGUCGUUCUGGGCUUACUUUUAAAGAAGCAACUGAAUCAGAAACUCAAGCACGAAGUUAUUUAGCAUCAUUUUCAUAUUAUUUGAAACGUCCAAUAUUUUAUUUAAUUACUUUGACUAAUCAUGGUAGAAUUGCUGAUCUUUGUGAAGAUGUUUAUAAUUUUGCAAAAGAGCGAUUUUUCUUAGGAGAAAAGGUUGAUGUGUUAAUUAAUAAUGUCAAGCAAUCAUGCACUGUUAAGAAGGUUAUACUACCGGAAAAAAGCAAUUCUCAACAAAUAGAUGGUCCUGCUGGAAAUGAAAAAUCAAAAUUAAUGGGAUUAGAUUCAAAAGAGUAUAAAUAUGAAGUUUGUGAUAAAAAUGGCAAAUCUCAUAUUGUUUCAACAGAAGCAAUUAGUCGGUCUAAAGGACAGUUUACCAGAGAGAAAGUAAAACUGCUUAUAAAAAAUUCUGUUGAAAUGAAAGAUGGAAUAUUGAAAACAAAGGAUGAAACAUUAUCAAAAUAUAAUGUUUCUUCUGAACUUUUUAAAGAAAUGUUUGCUGGUCCACCUCCCACAUUUUUCAUGUCUUCAAAAAAGAAAAUAAGUAAUUCCCCAGGAAAUGUAAAGUUAACUUCACCUAAAAUUAAAAGUAAGAGUUCCAAAGAUGCAAGUAAUUGUAAAGACUGUAAGAAGAAAGUAGUGUUGAGAAUAACUGUCUACAACAAAUCAUAUUUAUUAAAAGAACAAUUAUUACAGGAUGAAACAUUAUCAAAAUAUAAUGUUUCUUCUGAACUUUUUAAAGAAAUGUUUGCUGGUCCACCUCCCACAUUUUUCAUGUCUUCAAAAAAGAAAAUAAGUAAUUCCCCAGGAAAUGUAAAGUUAACUUCACCUAAAAUUAAAAGUAAGAGUUCCAAAGAUGCAAGUAAUUGUAAAGACUGGAAUAAUUCAAAAUCGCCUAGUAAAGUUAAGGAAAUUUCUACCUUGAAAGAAAAUAUGCAACAAGUUUCAGUUAAAAAAGAAAAAGGCUCUGAUAAAUUAUCAAAAUCUUUGGAAGAAAAAAUUAAUAUUAGAGUUGAGAAAGAAAAAGAAAAACAGAAACAAAAAGAAGAAAAGAGAGCUUUAGCAGAAUUAAUGAUGGAAUGGAAGAAACCACGUGAUGAUUUGGAAUGUGAUGAUUUAAAAGUACUCCCUCCUGUUACAUCUAUUAAUUGUUCAAUACCAAUAGAACAUUUUGGCGAUGCUCUUAUGGUAUUACAAUUCCUUAAUCGUUUUGAAACGUUAUUGGAUUUAAAAAUGUCAUUUCCAGAAGGAUUUGGAUUUGAACUCUUGGAAAGAGUACUAACAGAAACAGAUGUUCAGGGUCCAUUUAGUGAUAUUCUUCAACUCUUACUUGCUAACCUAUUUCGUUUGAGGGAAGUUGAAGAGCACCAACCUACUUAUGAUGAUAUAUUGAGUAGUUCAGAAAUAUUGGAAGGUUUAGAAAAGGAUUAUAAUGUUAAAGAUACUUAUGAUGCAUUGAAAAUUGCUACGAUUGCUGCAUGUUGGCCACAGUUAUUUCAUGGAGAAUUGAAGCUUCAAUUCUCCUGUAAUGAAUAA